AUGCAACGACGGCCGAGUUCCCAAACGAUUGAAGAAGAUGGAGAGUCGAGUUCGUCCGCCAGCUCCGUUCCCGAUGUCGCCGAUGCCAUGAACUCCGAUGAACAGCAGCCCGGUGCUGAUCGGUCGGGCCCGUUCCCGGAACCCCAGCCCGAGGCACCCGCGCGAGCUCCGACUUCCGCUACUAGGGCGAGUAGCGCCGCGAAGGCUGAUGCUAAACCGAACCUCGCUACGAGACUAGGCCUCGAUGUACCGACGGUCUUGAUGAUGUUCAAGGGCUCUUUGCCGCCUCUUAUCGGCAUCGCAAUCUACCAGUCGACAGCCGUUGCGCAGUAUUUCACCACAUUGGGUUAUCUCGUGCCCAUCAUUUCGGUGCUUGCCCUUGCCAUUCUCCCCAGAGGAAAGUAUCUGCAAAAUCUAGUUCUCAAUGUCGCGGGAAUCUGCAUUGGCGCCGCCAUCUCCAUGUUGGCCUUGUGGUCUGGCGUCCGGGCCAGGCACAACACUGCUUCCCCGGAAGAGUUGGCUACCGGGCUGCCAGUGUACAACUCUAGUCAAUCAGCAGUCUGUGGCGUUUGGCUCUUCUUCAAUAUCUGGAUUUCCAACACCAUGCGUGCCAAGUACCCGGCCAUGAACCUGCCAGUUAUGAUCUACUCCAUCUUCAUGAACGUCGCGUGCACAUUCGGCCCGCUCAUGGUAACAACAGCCGCAGCCGAGUCCUUCGUGAGACGGCUUCUAGUAGCCAUGCUCGCAGCUAUGGGUAUCGCUACUGGCGUGGCACUUUUCAUCUUCCCCGUAUCCAGUCGCAAAGUGGUUAGCGCAGAAUUCAAGGGCGCCAUUGGGUUGGUUCGAAAGUCCAUCAAACUGCAAUUGAAUUAUCUGCAUACAAUAUCCUGUGAGGAUAUGCUAGACCGCUGCCCGACCAAGGCCAGCAGCGCUUUCAGGAGGAAGCAGAAGGGACCGGAAAUGACCAAGGAGGCAAAAGCAGCGAGCGAAUUAAAGGCGACAGCAUUAGCCAUUUCGACCUUGUUCGGAAAGAUGCAUGGAGACAUGGUCUUUGCCAAGAGGGAUAUCGCGUACGGGAAGCUGGAUGCGAAGGAUUUGAGCGAGAUUUUCAAUCGUCUGCGGAGCAUCAUGAUUCCUCUCAAUGGAAUCAGCACCAUUGUCGACAUUUUCCGACGUGCGGCUGAAAAGCACGGAUGGGGUGAGAGUGAUGGUGGUGACUCGGAUGUGGAGAAAACUCUGGAGAAAAAGGUGUGGAAUGACAUCAUGAAGCAGCUGUGCGAGCCGUUCGAGAUUCUCACCGAAGCGAUGGAUCAAGGCCUGGACCAUAUCGGUAUCGUUCUCGAACUUACACCGAAACCGAAGAAGACCAAGACGGCCGAUGUCGAAAACGAAGCUGGAGCGAAAGCUCUGCCGAAACCCGGAGAGGCCGGAUUCGCCGAGGUCUUGGCGGACAGGGUGCAGGAUUUCAACGACAAGAAGGGCCAGAUGCUGAAGGCUUGGUUGAAGGAACGACGAAUGGCCACCGAGAAAGAGCGUCAGGAACUAGGUUUGAAGCGAUUGGAAACCAGGAUGAAGGAACGUGACCAGACUCAGCUCUAUGUGAUGCUGUACAUGGAGAAGCUCAUGCUCGCACUCGGCGAGGCCGUUCAGGACCUUGUUCUGUUUGCGGACUCAAAGGUUGCCGAUGGCACUAUGAGCAAGAAGCGUCUCAUCGUACCCUCACAGCGACGGAUGAAGAAGUGGUUAAGAGGAGCCUGCAGUAGCUCCCAAGAUGCGACGCCAGAGCAGAACCCUGAUAUCGCGGAUAUGGGAGCCAACGUCGUUUACGCCGGCGAUGGGUACAACAAGAAGAAGGAUCCAGAGCAUCUCCCGGCCCACGGAGUAUGGCAACAUUUCGGCAACAGGGUACGAAAGGUAUCGGCAUUCUUUGGUUCGGGGGAAUCCAUGUUCGGAUUCCGCGUGGCUGUGGCGACUAUGACGGUUGGUAUUCUCGCAUUCCUCAAGAACACGCAGACGUUCUUCACCGAGCAGCGACUUGUCUGGGCAAUGAUCAUGAUUGCCAUCGGUAUGACGAUUACGGCUGGCCAGUCCAUCUUCGGUUUCGUAUGCCGUGUCGGAGGUACCCUCGUCGCUAUGAUUUUCACUUUCAUCAUCUGGUACAUUGUCGCCGAAAAGACGGUUGGAGUCAUUGUGUUCCUCUGGCUUUUCAUUUUUGUGGAACAAUACUUCGUCCUCAAAUACCCCCGGUUCAUGCCCGUCUGGCUCAUCACCAUCAUCACUCAGGUCCUCAUCAUCGGCUAUGAGCUGCAGGUCCGAAAGAUCGGUGAAGCCGCCGCCGCUGCUACCGGCCAGCCUUACUACCCGACGUACCUCCUCGCGCCCUACCGUCUUGCAUGCGUGGCAGCCGGUUGCGCUAUUGCCUUCAUCUGGACUGUAUUCCCCUCCCCGAUGACCGACCGCAGGUGGCUUCGAAUGGAUCUCAGCGCAUCUCUUUACUUGCUCGCCAACUACUUCAGCGUCAUCACCGAGACCAUCAAGGCUACCAUGAACCAGACUCACGGCGACAUCAAAAUGGCGGGAACUCCGGCCCACAAGAUGGAAAAGGAAAGACGCCGGAUCUUGGGCAAACUGCUAUUGCUACUCCCGAGUCUUGACAGCCACGCGCAAUGGCAGAGAUGGGAACCUGAUAUCGGCGGCAAGUUCCCAAGAGAAACAUACGAUGAUAUCAUUAAACGAUCAACCAGCAUCAUGAGGUACCUGACGCUAAUCGCAUACACUGUUACCUGGAAGCCUCGCGAUCGGCCAUCCACCUCUUCUUCGACGCAUGACAAGCAGUGGCUUCAUGCCCUGAAUCAGAUCCUCGCGGGCAUCGAGCCCACACAGCACAGCAUUCUGUCCACUCUCACCCUCCUCUCAAACUCCCUUCUCUCUGGACAGUCCCUGCCUCCCUUCAUGCAGCUCCCUCGACCAAACGAACUCACCCGUAAACUCCUCCAUCUCCGCCCGCAAGAGCCCGAACAAGGAAUUCGACGCAGAGGCAGCGAGCUCGAGCACAGACUCGUCACAGUCCACACCAACACUGGCGAAGAGGUCCGCUCGACAACACGUAGACAGAGUGUCGCCGAUUCCCAGUCAGUCGAAACCGCGACAUUGACGGGUAUAAGCGAGCUGUCCGAGAUGGCGAAUACUCUCGGCAACGGAAGUAUUCUGGACGUCCAGAAUGUCGAGCAGCACGGAUACACCGAGUUUGCGGUGUUGCAGGUGUGCAGCUCGCUCGUGUGCGAUGACCUCGAGGGGCUGGUUCGCGCAGUGAGCAGUCUGGUCGGCGUGGUCGAUUUUAGCUUCAGAGUGAAUACGAGUGAGGCGAUGUUGAGUAGUAGUGAUGAGGAUGACGGUAAUGGAAAGACCAAAAGGCAUUAA